CUCUGCCUUGUGGGUGUUGUAGUCUUUCUGCUCUCUAGCUGCCUGGGCAGCAAUAGGAAGCCGGACUCUAAGUCCCAUAGCUCCCACUAGAGCCUACCGCACAGGCUCAGAGACCGUAUGCUGGGAGGGGGUGACUACAUUGUGUCUAUUGUAUGGUUUUUUUCUUUUUUUUUCCCCUGGCAUUUUGUACAUUUCACGGGAGGUUUAAAUCGGGAGUGAAAAGCAUGGCAGAUGAGCAAGAAAUUAUGUGCAAACUCGAGAGCAUCAAGGAGAUCAGGAAUAAGACUUUGCAGAUGGAAAAAAUAAAGGCACGACUGAAAGCAGAAUUUGAAGCUCUGGAGUCUGAGGAGAGGCACCUGAAAGAAUACAAACAGGAAAUGGACCUGCUGCUGCAAGAGAAGAUGGCCCACGUGGAGGAGCUGCGACUGAUCCAUGCUGAUAUUAAUGUGAUGGAGAAUACUAUCAAGCAGUCUGAGAAUGAUCUCAACAAGCUCUUGGAAUCUACUCGUCGCCUGCAUGAGGAGUACAAACCCCUGAAGGAGCACGUAGAUGCUUUGCGGAUGACCCUGGGACUGCAGAGGCUACCAGAUCUAUGUGAGGAGGAAGAGAAACUGUCCCUUGACUACUUUGAAAAGCAGAAAGCGGAAUGGCAGACAGAACCACAGGAGCCUCCCAUCCCGGAGUCUCUGGCUGCAGCUGCAGCAGCUGCCCAGCAGCUGCAAGUGGCUAGGAAACAAGAUACCAGACAGACAGCAACUUUCAGACAACAGCCACCUCCAAUGAAGGCAUGUUUAUCGUGUCACCAACAAAUUCAUCGGAAUGCGCCCAUAUGUCCACUCUGCAAAGCAAAGAGCCGAUCUCGGAAUCCCAAAAAGCCCAAGAGGAAACAGGACGAAUGAAACCCAGAAGAUUGACAAGGAAACACAUGACCUGUUCCAGUACUCUUCCAGCAGAACGGCAAAUGUGGCCAGACUUUACUGAAGUGCAGACUCAAGUAUGACCGACCCAUUGUUUUCUAUUUAAUGCAAUGUAAGCACAACGUUCCUGUUUUGUCUUAAUUUUCUUCCAGUCCUUAGGAUUUGGUUUUAGGAAAGUAAGUAUUACUGGUGCUACAGUUUAACGUUUCAAUCAUUCCAUCUUUUGGACUCCUACACAAAGUAGAAUUCUUACGCAAGUAUCCUAAAUGCCAGGCUAUUCCUAUUGGCCAAGUGUGAUUACCACAAAUGCUUUUACAUUCUCUUUUUAAAAACAGAUGUUACUAAAAGAUUAUUAUGUUUUCUCCUGAUAACAGGAGACUAUUUGAAGUGCUGAAAUAGCAGACUGUCUGCCUGUUUCACUAAAGAACAAUUUGUUUUCCAAGCCAGUAAGACUACAUAGGUCUGGGUAUGCAGUAGAGCUCUUUUUAUACAGGAAAUGUUCAGGAAAAAAAAGAAAUUAGUUCUACAGGAAAUCAGUGCGUUAAGGACACACACGAGUUUUGAUUUACUGGAGUUUGAUUGUAGCAUUCCCUCAAACUUGACUUAAAAUUUGGAAGGGGGAUCAAGUUGCUGGCUGGGUAUGAAUUUCUAAAAAUGAUGUAAUUUGUCAUGCUUUAACAUGCUAAUAUGGUAUUAUUUUCAGCAGUCUGAAGACUGAUUAAGUACAAGGCUCAAAUGAACUGUAUUAGCGGCCCUCCUAGGCUCUAUGGCCAACCAGCUCACUGUGGUUCCCCAGGGAACACGCACAAAAUAUCCCAAAUCUCUACACGCACAGACUGCAACAUCAGCCAUUCUGCAUAUCUUCUAUUCCUGGUUUCUGCAGCCAAAAUCUCCCUUGGCAUGCGUAUCCUCCACUGCAGCACAGGGAAGUUCAGUAGCACGUGCCAGGAAAAGCGUCAACUAAAAAUGACGUAUCUCACCAGAACUGCCUGGCUUUGGUCUCAUCGUACUCCCUCAACCAAAACUUCCUAUUUUUCUAUCUUUUAAUAGGUCAUUUUCAAGUAAGCUUUAUUUCAGCCCAGGUUUUCUUCUUGCGCUAUAUGUGUGCCAAAAGAACCCUGACUAAAAGAUCCUUUAGACCACUCCCUGUAUCCCCAUCUUCCCUUUGUUUCACCUCAUGUAACAACAGUUCCUCCAGUGGGGAGGAUGGCAGUGACCCCGCUACAGAAUCAGGGCUUAAAACUCGAGACUCCUUUCUAAUCCCAGUUUUGUUACCACCUUUGUUGUCUAAACUGAUCUCAAGUAUUAAAUAUUCUUUUCACUGACUUCAGGAGGCAGGGACUGCCUGUUUAUAUUCUUCUCUCUUUAGCUCAGGUUUUCCUCUACUAUUAUGCUAGAGUGGUUAUAUUGAGAACUUUGCUUGUUCAAUAGGAGGAACAGGGAAGCCCCAAAUCUCCGGUCAGAACUUUGCCAAAUGCCGGGGACUGUAUAAAUCCACAUAAACCAAUUCUGCUGGCCAAAUCACAUACGCUGCCAUUAAUUUCCCAACUCUGCCAUAAUGUACAUGAGUAUUUUAUUGAAUAUAGUCCUAUAAUUUACGCCAUGUUAAGUUGGUAUUCUCCCAUUUUAAUGUUUCAUGGCCAAAUAAGUAUCUGCUAACAGCAGAGACAGAAUAUGGGCCACGAGCCCCUGAAAAUAUGUGAAGAGCAGAUUCUGCUAGCUGAAUUACUGGAAUGCAGUCUCUGUGAGAUAGCAAUAACGGAGGAUAGUCUGACCCCACGCUCCAAAUGGCAGUAGCGCGCUAACUCUAUCCUUACGCAUGUUUCCUAACACAAAUACUGGAUUCCAAUUUUAAAUGUCAGAGCGGCCACAUGCUGCGUGCCCUGUUCAGAGCAAUUCCUACUGAGUUUAAGGGAAAAUGCACACAGAGCUAAAGGACAGUAUAUUGACACCCCCAAAGUACAUGCAUGACAGCAGCAUACUUUGAUGACCGUUGGACAUAAAUUUAAGUAGUGACAAUGGAGAAUGGGCAAAUAGUCUGCAAUGAAGUAGUGCGAAUAGAAGGAUAGAUUUGUAGAAACUUUGACUUACAGUUCUGAAAUAGAUAAGGUUAGUCAUAGCUGCUCUCACUUCAUUGUUACUUUGCCAGGUUCUUUCUUUCUUGGGAGAUCUCUAGGGCUCUAGACUGAAGUAUGCUUAAGGAUGCACCGUUUACUAAUUUAGUAUGGCAGUUUUGUAUUUUUACUUUUUUAAACUAGUCUCUUGUGCCCUCGUGUUUAACAAGGUUUGGGGUUUUUUUAAAAAAAAAAAAAAAAAGAAAAAAUGUGAAUAUGACAUACUGUGUUUGUAUCAAUCAUGUACUAGUGUUUACAAAUCUGUUUUCACAUCCUUUACGAAGUUCUGCCAUAUGAAUAGCAUGCGUUGCUGGGAAUGAGUCUAACUGAAUAUGAGUCAACAGUGUGCCCUGGCAGCCAAAAGGACCAACCGUGUCUUGGGGUGCAUCAAAAACAGCGCAGCUAGCUGGUCAAUGGAGGUGACCGUCCCACUCUACACUGCACUGUCUCGAGUACCGUGUGCAGUUUUGGACACCUCAGUACAAGAAGGACAUCAAACUAUUAGAGCGUGUGCAGAGGAGGGCAACCAAGAUGGUGAAAGGUCUCGAGGGCAAGACUUAGGAGGAAGUCACUUGGUUUGUUCAUCUUGGAGAAGAGAAGGCUGAGGGGUGACCUCAUCGCAGGCUACAACUUCCUCAAGGAGGGCAGCAGAGGGGGAGGUGCUGAUCUCCUCUCUCUGGUGACCAGCGACAGGACGCGAGGAAACGGAAUGAAGCUGCAUCGUGGGAAGUUCAGAUUGGACAUCAGGAAAAGGUCCUUCACUGAGAGGGUGGUCAGUCGCUGGAAUAGGCUCCUCAGAGAAGCGGUCAUGGCACCAAGCCUACCAGACUUCAAUGAACAUCUGGAUGAUGUUCUUAGUCAUAUGGUUUAGUGUUAGGUAGUCCUGUGAGGAGCAGGAAGUUGGACUCAAUGAUUCUUACGGGUCCCUUCCAACUCGAGAUAUUCUAUGAUUCUAACUAUUUCAAGGAGACAAAAUCUGUAUUAUCUAUUAAGGGAUCCUGGGGGUGGAGGGAUGGAAGCAGUAUCUUUUACAGGGCACCAGUAUUCUCCUCUUGUCUUACAGAUUAAUUAAGGAAGUUUAAAUGAAGAGCUCUUUUUGUGACAGCCCCAGACCCUUUUCUCCCAGGCACCUUUCUCAAGGGACCAGAGGGAUAAUUAUGAAAUAUUGAUUUUGUGUUUUUUAGUCAGAGCAGGAAGCUGUCUGAAGUACAGUUCUUACCAAAAGUCUACUGCAUUUUUGCACCAUGGAGCAACAAUGGCCUCUUCCUUUGUACCUAAUGUUCUUUGUGGAUACUUCUUCACUUGGCUUCAAUUCAUUCUUAUUUGGGUUAAAUUCUCUUAAUAGUCACAGAGACCCUUCUCAAAGUUUACAAGACUUUUAUAUUACUAAAGUCUGGUUUAACCCUGGCUUUGUCAUUCCCUUUUCAAUGGGUAUUCAAGCGACAACAAAAUCACUGGAUUCUUUUGUUCUAGAUGGUUUCCAGGGUCUUUUCCUGGUUCCUCGCUUGCCUCAAAAAAUAGUCCUGUUGUUCUGCAACCAAAUGGCAAAAAAACCCCAAAAAAAACCCCACAAGCCUCUCCCCUUGCCUCCCACCUUAAGCUCACACUAAAAGGAUGCAAACACUCUACUGUGUCUACAGGCUUUGCUACAGAAAUUUUCACACCCAAGCUGGGGUAGAUAAGUUGUUCAAACUUUAAUGCCAAGGACCCCAUUAACUAUAGAGAAAGUGUAAGCCAAAUUUUAAUACUUGCACUUCCUAAAUUCAACUUUAGCUUUCUAAACAGGGCACUGACUGACUGAACCCGCCAGUGGCUUCAAGUUACAGAAUCUAAUUUUGAAAGAACAGCCAUUCAUGUGUUACUCUAAAUAGCAGACUAUUCAAGAAACUAAGAUUUUACUAGCACUUUAAAUAAAUAAAAGUGCUUUCCUUUAUUUGACAGUUUUCUAAUUCCUCCAACAUAGGUUUUCAUUUUAGCAUUUAGGUAUUUUAACAAUAUCUGGCGUUUUCACUGGCUUCUGUGUUUUAAAUAUUUUACUCCUUUGCCCAGUAGGAGUAACAGUGUGCUACCUGUUUAAUUUGUUUGUACAGUCCUUUUUAAUAAAUGUUUGUUUCAUGUCAUGCUUUCUUCGUGCAGAGUAUUUUCACAUCUGUUAUUUGCUUACGCUACUGAGCAGCGGCCAUAUCCCAAAAGGUAAAAAUCCCGUGCUGUAAUUUAACAGGAUGCAAUUAACCGCAGUUAUGUUAUACCUUUAUAGAGACUUCGUGAAGACAAAUACGGGGAAAGAAAUAUCCGCUCUAAUGAGCUUCAGACAAUAGAAAGGAAAAGGAGACAGCAAGACAGGUUUUAAACUAGCCAAAUCUCUCAGUCACAUUUCUGGCACACAAAUCACUGUGUGCUUAAGCUCCAAGAUUCCUGCAUCUGCAUAAGAGUCACAGAAACAGUGUCUAAUUCCCCAGACAAGGUACUUCUGAAACAAACUUAUCCUCUGCUACCACUGGCUACUAACACUGGAA